AUUUUGUGGAUAUAAAAUAUUCAGAAUUCUCACAUUUUUUUAAAUUGUAGCCGCCAUAUUAUAUAUAAAUGAAAUUAGUCAAAUUUUUAAUGAAGAUGAGCCAUGAAACGGUUACCAUAGAACUAAAAAAUGGUACUCAAAUUCAUGGAACUAUAACUGGCGUCGACAUGUCCAUGAAUACCCAUUUAAAAUCUUGUAAAGUGACAAUUAAAAAUGGGGAACCAAUUACCCAGGAUACCUUGAGUAUUCGUGGAAAUAAUAUAAGAUAUUUUAUAUUACCAGAUCCACUUAAUAUAGAUAAUCUUCUAACUGAUGAAGGCCCUAGAAAGAGAAGAGAUCCACGUGCAAGAUCUGGUAGACCAGGAAGAGGCAGGGGCAGAGGGGGACGUGGUAGAGGGAGAGGAGGCAGAAGAUAACUCCAAUUGUAUCUUAAACGGUUAUUUUUUUUGUAUAAUAUGAUUAUAAAAUAAAAUUGCAUUAUUUUGUAAAUUGAAUUUAUUAUUAUUGUAACAUGAUUGGAACCUUAUAUUUCUUUAUUAAAACUUAAUAAAUAUCAAAAAAUCAUAUAUGUUAGGCAUAUGAACUGAAUGUCAAAAAAGAAUUCCAAUUUUAAUUAUGUCUUUAGGAUGGUUAUUAAAAUUAAUAUUUGUCAUCUCUUCUUUACAAUAAGAUUUAACCAGAAUUGUACUUUAUGCACUUAAUUGUUUUUGUAUAUUUUAUUCAUUUUAGCAAUGUGAUAUAUUAUAGUUU